AUGGAAAAGCCCGACAUUGCUAGGGCUAUGAAUUCAAAUAUAUCCUAUACUCUCACUUCGUCCCGAUACGGUAAUGUGCUAUGUUAUAACCAAACGGAUGUAAUAUCGGCCGGAGACCAAAAAGCAUGGGAGAGUGCAAAACCGAUCAAUGCCGCACUUCCUAGGUUGAUCUACCAACUGGCUGCCGCGAACUUUGUCUACCGCGUUUUCUACUAUACGACUCGACCGCUAAAUCUUCCUCCUUUCGUUGCCCAAAUCCUUUGUGGAUUACUGUUCAGCCCAACAGUGCUCGGUAACACCGAAGUUGUCCUCCUACACUUCUUUCCCUAUAGAUUCGCAAUGGUUCUCGAGACAUUCGCAAACUUAGCUCUCGUCUACAACAUUUUCCUCCUCGGUCUUGGUAUGGACUUGAGGAUGAUAAAAAUCAAGCAAUUCAAGCCAAUGGUCAUAGCCCUCGUUGGCCUAGUUGCAGCCUUAUUCGCUGGGUAUUUCUUGUAUUACUAUCCCGGGAACGGAGACCCCGACAAGAUCAAGGCAGGUUGUCUCUACUGGUCGGUUGCGUUGAGUUGUACGAAUUUCCCGGACCUUGCUAGGAUUCUUGCGGAUCUCAAGCUCUUGCGUUCUGAUAUGGGACGCACGGCCAUGAGUGCAUCCCUUAUUACGGAUCUGUGUACUUGGGUUCUCCUCUUUCUCGGAUUCGUAAUGUUUAACAAACAAGGUAUACCAAACAGUAUGAUGCCAUUUUCGUUAGUAUCAACCAUCGUUUUUGUCUUUUUCUGCAUCUACGUUAUCCGUCCUGGAAUGGCUUGGGUCUUCGCCAACACGGUCAAAGGAGGCCACGUUGGAGAAAAUCACGUUUGGUACACUCUCGUAGGAGUCGUGUUCUGUAGCUUAAUCACCGAUGUAUGUGGGGCCACCUCAAUCACUGGAGCUUUCUUGUUUGGUCUCUCGGUCCCUCAUGACCACAUCAUUCGAAACAUGAUCGAAGAGAAGGUCCAUGAUUUUCUCUCGGGAAUUUUGAUGCCUCUUUUCUACAUCAUUUGUGGUUUAAGACUCGAUCUUGACUACUUGAUAGAAAACACGACCGCUAAUGUGGUGGUGGUUGUGAUUUCUUCGUGCUUUAUGGUGAAGAUUGUGUCUACCGUUAUCUGCUCCCUCUUCUUGCGCAUGCCCUUGCGCGAUGGUUUUGCUGUUGGUGCCCUUAUGAACACCAAAGGAACUAUGGCUUUAGUCAUACUCAAAGCUGGACGUGACAGCAAGGCGUUGGACGUAAUAAUGUACACUCAUAUGACGUUAGCGUUCCUGGCGAUGUCAAUACUUGUGCAGCCACUUUUAACCUUGACAUACACACCAAAGAAGAAAUUAAUUUUCUAUAAACACCGUAACGUUCAAAACCUCAAAGGACAAGUAGAGUUUCGUGUGUUAACCUGUGUUCAUGUCCUCUCUAACGUCUCCGGCAUAACCAGUCUAUUACAGGUUUCUAACCCGACCAACCAAUCUCCUCUCAACGUCUUUGCAAUUCACCUGGUCGAGCUAACCGGUCGCACUACAGCUUCGUUGCUCAUAAUGAACGACGAGACCAAACCUAAAGCUAACUUUUCGGACCGAGUCAGAGCGGAAUCUGAACAGAUCGCCGAGAUGUUCGAAGGCAUGGAAGUGAACAACGAAGCAUUGUUGGUCCAGACACUCACCGCGGUUUCACCUUACGCGACGAUGCAUGAGGAUAUUUGUACGAUGGCCGAGGAUAAACGAGCCAGCAUCAUCUUAUUGCCUUACCAUAAGAAUUUGACGCCAGAUGGUCGGUUAGGAGAAGGAAACCAUGCGCACGAGGAUAUCAACCACAACGUUUUGAGCCAUGCACCUUGUUCGGUCGGGAUAUUGGUCGACCGUGGCAUGACGACUGUUCGGUCCGAAUCUUCUUCGUUCCAAGGCGAGACCACAAAGAAAGAAAUUGUAAUGUUAUUCGUUGGAGGUCGGGACGAUAGAGAGGCUUUGGCUUAUGCAUGGAGGAUGGUGGGCCAAGAAAUGAUCAAACUAACGGUUGUGAGAUUUGUCCCUGCCCGGGAAGCUUUAGUUUCGGCCAGUGAAGUAGCCGUUGAGUACAUGAAAGAGGCACAAGUGGACGACGAGUACAUCUACGAGUAUAACUUCAAGACUAUGGAUGAUUCUUCUGUGACUUAUACAGAGAAAGUGGUUAACAAUGGUCCAGAAACAAUCGAGGUGAUUAGAGAACUGGAAGAUAACCAUUCUAUCGAUCUUUACAUAGUGGGAAGAGGGCCCAGAGUAGAAACACCUGUGACCACGGGUUUGACAGAUUGGAAUACUUGUCCAGAUUUAGGGAUUAUAGGCGAUACGUUAGCUUCAUCAAACUUCACAAUGCAAGCUUCGGUUCUUGUGAUUCAACAAUUCUCAGCCGCCACUAGACAAACCGCAGCAAAAAAUCAAGAACAUGCUGGCGGUGGAGACAAUAUUUCUAAUGAAGCGACGCCUUUUAUGAAUUCUCAUGCGGAGGAUGAGGAUGAUGAAGAUGUACAAUAUCAAAUGGGAAUGCGCAAAUAA